CUCUCAGAAUACUUCUAGUUUUCAUCCCCAAUGCCAAAUUCGACCAACCACCCUAGCCUAAAUGGCCAUAGAGUCGAUGCCUCAACUCUUGCUCUCACCUCCUCCAGUCUAGAUCCUAAAAAGGAGCAUCCCAAUGAUAGUCAUGAUGCAGUUGAUGCUCCCUUUUUACUCAAUUCAGCUAGCACCAUCCCAUCUCAAACCCAGCUCAUGCCGGUGUUAGGUCAAGUGGUCUCUCAUCAUCAAAUGGAUGAGACCACGACUAGGAGAUCAAACCUUACUCUAUCUUUUGGUCACCAUCCGAAUAGCACAUCUAAUUCCUAUCCAGUACAGUUUGUAAACAUCAACAUCAUACAGGGAAGUAAUUCUUUUGUUAAUGUCAAUCUCUUAAACAGCCAGCCCCCUUCUCAAUUCACCAGAAAUGAUCUCUUAGAAUCUUCAUCAAAUCCACUCCCAAUCACGAAUAAUAACUACAUUUCUGCUUCUUCCCAUUUCCAGCAGCCAUUUCAAAAUCUAAACUCAAACCAAAGCCCUAUACUGGAUAGAAUUUCAGAAACAAAUCAAAGCCUCGAAUUCACUGGAUAUCUUGCACAAUAUGUUUCUCCUACAGUGCCUACAGUGAGUGGAACAAGACCAAAUACUAUUGAUGUAGAGUAUGAGAAAAAUAUUCCUACUGCUAUCCCCAUAUCAAUGACGCACCCGAGACCAGGCCCAGCCAAUUUAUACCCACAUCAAUGGCAAUCAUCCCACCCACACCAUAGAGUUCCUAGUCAAAACCACACCUUUUCACAGAGGGCAAGCAGCUUAAACUUCAAUCAGCCAUCACUGUAUUUCCCUGGUGAAAACCACAAUCAUAUUCCUGGUUUUGAAAGUUUGACACUGAACCAAUCAAAACACCAAGUUCUGACCCCUGAUGGUGGAAAUGGCACAUUCCCUGAAAAUUCUCAUUCUCGACCAAAUCAUUCAACAUCUCCAGAAAGUCAUCCUGCAACAGAACAGGUAACUGACCAAGUUCUUGAAUUAAAAUAUAAUGGAACUCCUCUUCCUCAGACAGAACUAAUUCAAGAGCCUCCUCAGAUGCAUUCACAAAAUGGCAACAGAAAUGAAACAAGUGAACUUGAUCCUCAAGACAGAAGGCAUCCUUCCAUCAUGAGGCAUGCCCCAUACACUUGCCCCAAGUGUUCGGUUACUUUUACUAGUGGGACUCGCUUGGCAGCACAUAUGAAUCUCCACUACAAAGAUGAAACUCCAGCUGAGAGGAAGAAACGGCGUGAACGCAAGUACCUGAUGCAAGAUCUGUGCAUUACACAGUCACAUGAUGGAAUCAUCACAGUAAUGCCCAGAUCUUAUCAGCAGCAAGGUGAAACAUCGGCUGCAGCAAAUAUUACUGAGAAAAGGGGCAACGCAUCUAAUCAGGGGGUAAGAACUGGUCCUAAGAUUAUCAAGGAAGAGAAAUAAAAAUUUUAAUUUUUGUUGUUAUUGUUGUUUGUUUGUUUGUAUUUUAAAAAUUGUUUGUUUUUUAGUUGAUCAAAAAUGUAGAACUGAAACUCUACCCAAAUUGUGUU